AUGAAUAGCAAUGAACCUAGUUUAAUUAUAAAAUGUUCAGAACACAAUAAAAAUUUUAUUUUAAUAUGUGUUGUUUGUCAAAUACCAAUAUGCUUGGAUUGUAUUGUUAGUGGCGAACAUUUAAAUCAUAAGAAUAAUAAAAUGGAACAUUUCACAAAAGAAAAUAUUGAUAAUAUUAUUAUUAAAGAUUUUAAAAAAACUACUUAUUAUCUAGAGGGUUAUAUUAAAAGUAAUAAAAAAAUUUUAGAAUCAUCAGAAAAAUGUUAUUAUCACACCAAAAAUAACUACAAACAACAAGAGGCCAAAAUUAAUGAAAUAUUUAAAGAGUUGCACGACAGGUUAGAUUUAUUAAAAACCAGUAAAUUAUUAGAAUUAGAAAAAGACCAAAAUUUUUCUCAAAUUGUUGAAAAUUACUGCGAAUAUUUAAUUAGAUUUAAAAUUUUUUGUCCAGAAUUAGUGGAGUUUCAAAAACAAGAAGCUAAACGAUAUAAUAAUAAUAAUAAUAAAAAGCUAGAUUGUUUAUUUUCUUUUCUUAGAUAUUAUAGUUAUUUUUCAAAUUCACAUAAAAAAAAAUUAAAUAUUUCAAUUUCUUCAAAAAUAUUAAGUAAUAGAAAUGAAAUGUUAAUGAUUAAAAAGUUAAUAAAUGUUAACGGUUCAGAAUUAUAUUAUUCAAAUGGUGAACCAAUACCAACAAAUCGAAAUAAAGUUUUUUUAGAUGAAAGUAUAGAUUAUGAAAAAUUAAUUUUAAAUGAUCAUGUUAAAGAACUAUACAUGGCUGGGGGGUAUAAUGAACGAUUGAAUAGUUCGAAUUUGGUAAAAAAAUUUUAUAUCAAUCACUUAAAGAGGGAAAUAUUAAAAGAAAAGGAUAAAAGCAUAUUUUUAGUUUUAGAGAAUUCAAUAGUCAAGUAUUAUGAAUUUGAAAGUCAAUACUAUUGUUUAAUAGAUAAAGAUUGUAUUGAUACUUUUAACAUUGAAGAUUUUAAAAAUGAAAAUUAUUUAGCAUUUGGUAAUAUGGGUGAAGAUAUUAAUAAAAGUUUGAAUUUGUUCUCAACUAUUUCAAAUUAUCAGAGUUUUAAAGAAUUUAAAGGUUGCUUUUUUGUUAAAGGUUUUAAUAUUAAAUUAGAGCUACUUUCAGCUUAUUGUUUACAUUUAGGUUUUGAGUAUUAUAUAGGAAUUGAAGCUACCAGACUAAAUAAACGUAUACUAAACAAUAUUAAAAAUCUACAUUUAAUAGAUGGGUUUAGUUUGGAACUUCUAGAAUAUAAAUAUAGAGAUUUGGAAAAAUUGGAAAUUGAAAAUUUGUAUUUACAUAAAAAUAUUAAAACAGAAGUUCCUUUCUUUGGCAAAAAUAUAGCAAAAAGAUUUUUUCUAUGUGAGGGGUAUAAUGACCACGGCAUAAUUACUAUAGGAUCCAGAGCUAUAGAGCUACAUAUAUCAAAUGUUCAAAUAGAUAUUAAGGUUGUUUUAAAUCGUGAAUUCCUUAGUGAUUCUUCAGAUUUUGUAAUUUAUUUAGAAGGUGGAUUUAAUCAAGAAAUAAAUGUUUCUUAUUAUCGCUAUGACCAACUUGACAAGUUACAUUUACAUAUAUAUGAUGUUGGGCCCAAGUUCUUAAAAAGUCGAGUUUCCUCAAUAAUAAAACUUCAUAUUCAUGGGUCAAUAGAUGGAGCUUCUAACGAUUUUUUUAAUGGAAUUCAAGAAUUAUAUUUAUAUAAUUAUACAAAUGUUUUGGAAAAAAAUGAUAUAUGUUUUGAUACAAUUAAACAUAUAUACUUAAUGGAUGGUUUCAACAAAUCUUCAACUUAUCAAAUUCCAAAUAAUAUAAAGUUUUUAACAUUAUAUAAUAUAGGAUUAGAUGCAGCCAAAAAUUUAUCAAUUCCAGAAUCAGUAAGUGAACUAUAUUUGGGUGAUGGAUUUAAUAUUCCACUUGAUAAAAUUAAUUUCCCAAAAACAUUAAAAUCACUUCAUCUUGGGAAUGUUAAAUCAAAUAUAUCAUUAAUACCAAGUAAUUUUGAAAAUCUCUUCAUAAAACCUUCUUUUUCAAUGGAUAGAUUGAAGAAAAGUUCAAUUCCUUUUUUAAAAUUUCUUCACUUAGAAUAUGGUUUUAAUCAAAUAAUUAAUAAAGAUAUUUUCAAAGAUAAAAUUGGUGGUUUGGUUUUACAUUAUGUAACUAAACAAGUAUUUGAAUCUAUUCCAGAUAAUAUUUUUCAUUCAUUACAUUUACAGGAAAACCUCAAUUAUAUGAAUAAUAAUAUCAAAUUCCCCCAAACUAGGGCCUUGUUUUUAUAUCCAGUAAUUACAAAUACUGGUGUUUUAAAUCAAAAAGAUAUAAAAAAUUUAAAUAUAUGUGACAAUUUUAAAUCUAUAAUUAAAAAAGGAGAUAUUCAUGAAAAUAUAGAGGUAAUUGUUAUUGAUAUCAUGGAUAUUAUUAAUAAUGAUUCAAUCCCAGCAACAGUUAAAGAAAUAUAUUUGAAAUAUUUAACCAAUUAUCAUAAGCGUAUUCAAAAAAAAUAA